AUGCAAACAGCCAAGGCUCCGUCGUCAAGGAAACCAAAGCCCAAAUCCCCAGAUGUGAAGAAGAGCGCCACCAAGCGGCAGGCUGGUGCCAAGCCAAAGGCAGCUGCGGCAUCAGCGGCAGCAGUGGGGUCGAAUGGGGGCAAGCAGGCAGUUGCAGCGGCGGCGGACAACGCGGUGCCGCCAGCGGCGGCAACAGCAGCAGCAGGCGAAAUAGACGAGCUGUUUGGAAAGCUCAAGGGCAAGGCCAAGGCCAAAGCAGCUGCGCCAACAGCAAAGCCUGCCUCCAGUACAGCGGUCAAGGAAGCCCCCAAGGCAAAGGCGAAGAGGUUGGAGGGAAGCAAGGACGACAUCUUUGGGACGGAGGCUGCCGCCGCACGCAACCGCACCGAGGAGGGCUACGCAAUCUACAGCGAGGCGGAGCUGGGGCUGUGUAAGGCGGGGGGCACCACCGACAAGUGCCCCUUCGACUGCGACUGCUGCUUCUGA